GCGCAUUUUUGUUUAACGGAAAAGCAAUUAAAAUGAAAUUGAAUUCUGGGAUAUUAUCAAACGUAUUUGAUUGGUAAAGUUUUCCCGCCCGAAUUUCGUGUGCAGAAGAUUUUAAGCGUUUAACAGACGAUUUCUUCUACAGUGAUAAUUUGGAUUCAUUUUAUCAAAAGAAUUUAUAAGUGGAUCUGAAAUAUGGAAAAAUCUGAAUUUGUUGUUGAAAAGAUUUUGGAUAAAAGAGAAAAUAAUGGAAAAGUUGAAUAUUUGUUGAAAUGGAAAGGUUUUGGGCCUGAAGAAAAUUCAUGGGAACCUGUUGAAAAUUUAUUUUGUCCUAAUUUGAUUAAGAAAUUUAAUAAAAAGUAUAAGAACAAAAAGCAAGAUAUAAAAGAAAAAAAUAGUAGUCCAAAAUCAAAGAAACCUUCUGAAGAUACCCCAGGAAAAUCCAAGGAAAAAGAAUGAAGAAUGUACGUUAAUACCAUAUCAUAUUGCAAAAGUUAAAUAUCCAUAAUUUAUUGUUCGUUAUUAUGAGAGUAAGCUGUGUUGAAGAAAUUAAUCUGACUAUUUGUAUAUUUAGAGCCACAUAUAUUGAAAUAAAAUGCUAAUUAUUUUAAACUAUAAAUAAUUAAUUUUAUCAUGCUUAAGCUUUCUGCAUUUUUAUUUUGUUUUGAAAUGGUUUAAGAAAAGCUUGCUUGUAUUAUUUAAAAAAACAUUAUUACAUUCACUUUUAUUUAUUUCAUAUUUUAAUAUAUCUGCAGCAGUUUGACAUAAGGUAAAUGCACCGGUAGUGGACACUUUAAGGAAAAUUUUUCGACUUUUUUGAAACUGGACCCCUAUUUGGAAGCCUUAUGGCUUAAAAAUUAUAUUGUCUGUUAGACAAAAUCUUUCUUCACUCACUGUAAGGAUUUUAAUUAUGUCAGUCUCGUCGAAUACAUUUUAAUUUAAUUUAUUUUGUAAGGUUGAAAAUGUUUCAGUAGUGGACAUUGAAAAAAUUGAGAUAUUUAGUAAUGGACAGGCAUUUGCACCAGUAGUGGACAAGGAAUAUAGAAAUGAUUAUAUUCAAGAUGAAAUCGUUUUUAUUUUUCACAACUUGCAGAAUUUGACAGUCUUUACUAUAAAGAACAAGAACACUAUGUUAAUUAUAAUGACAACUCAUAAUUAAAUUAAAUUAAUUAAAAUAUCAAAUUGUACAAAUGUAAAUUUCAUGUGUAUAGUUUGUAAUGUUUAUAUGAAAAUUGAACUAAUAAGUAUUAUGAAACAUAAAUAUAAAACAUUACAAAGUUAGUAUAAGAAACUUUCUUAUUUUGUUAUUGUUACAUUAUUCUUAACGAAUACAAAUGUUGAAAUAAAUGAGAUCAGUUUUAACAUACUGGAAUGGAUUAUUGUUACACUCAAUAUUAAACACUUA